AAAGAUAAAAUGAGUUCAAAAAGAUCCAAGAGGUUUCAUUGAUUUAAAAGUCUUCACUUUCAUCUCCUUACCAUACACUUAGGAAUUUUAUAAUUCGAAGUUCCUUUUUGUCAAGGGAUUUUGUUGUCUGACUAGUGUUUAUAAAGAAAAAGAAAGGUUCGACAUCAGAGUCAUGUCUGUGUUACCGGAAGAUGUCCAAGGUGUGUUAUCACAAUUGUUGGAUAAUUUGAAAUCGGCAGACAAUUCCAUUAGAUCUGCUGCCGAAAAAUCAUUGGAAGAUGAUUGGAGUUCUAAAGAUACGGUAGUGGCUUUAUUGGUCUAUUUAGCUGAACAAGCUUGUCUGGCAAGUGUGGAAGAAACAAGAAGUUUUGCUGCUGUUUUAUUCAGACGUAUUGCAAUUAAAUCUCCCAAGGAAAUGGCCACUGUUACCGAUAGAACUAUUGGUGUUAUUAGUGAACCAGCAAGGCAACAAAUCAGAUCUAUUCUUUUAAAGGGGUUCUCCAAUCAUCAAAGUAAUCAAGUUAGACAUAAAUUAUCCGAUGCUAUUUCAGAAAUGGCUAAAGAUGAUGCUUCACCAGCUGGUACUUGGAAUGAACUUAUACCUGCUUUAUUUGAAGCUACUAGAAAUCAAGAUCCAAGUUUCCGUGAAUCUGCUUUCCGUGUGUUUUCCUCGGCUCCUCAAUUAAUUGAUAAAUCAUACAUUCAACAAGUUUUACCAAUCUUUAAUGGUGGUUUUAAUGAUGAAAAUGAUGAUGUUAGAAUCUCUGCUUGUACUGCUUUUGUUGCUUUCUUUAGAGAAUUACCAAAAAAUAGUUGGCAAUCAUUAUCUCCUUUAUUACCUGAUUUAUUGAAUUCAUUACCAAGAUUCUUACAAAAUGGUCAAGAUCAAUCAUUAACUUUAGUAUUAGAAUCUUUAAUUGAUUUAGUUGAAUUAGCUCCAAAAAUGUUUAAAGAUAUGUUUCCUACUAUCAUUGAAUUUUGUGCUAAUGUUUCCAAAAAUAAAGAAUUAGAUCCAGCCACUAGAAUGUCAUCCCUUGAAUUACUUACUACCUUUGCUGAAGUUUCUCCAAAUAUGUGUAAACGUACUCCUACUUAUACCAGUGUCAUGGUUGUUGUAACACUUUCCAUGCUUACUGAAGUCUCCAUUGAUGAUGAUGAAGCUGCAGAAUGGAAUAAUAAUGAUGAUACUACUGAUGAAGAUGAAGAACCAGAACAUGAUGUUGCUCGUCAAGCAUUAGACAGAGUAGCUUUAAAAUUAAAUGGACAAGCUCUUGCUGGUCCUCUUUUCCAAUAUUUACCAAAUAUGAUUCAAUCUGAAGAUUGGAGAGAACGUCAAGCUGCUUUAAUGGCAUUAUCAUCAGUGGCUGAGGGAUGUGUAGAUGUCUUAAUAGAUGAAAUCCCAAAGAUUUUAGAUUUAAUCUUAUCAACCUUAGAAGAUAGUCAUCCAAGAGUUCAAUAUGCUUGUUGUAAUGCAUUGGGUCAAAUGUCAACUGAUUUCUCCGAUAAAAUUCAAAAUACUGCUGGUGAUAGAAUUUUACCCGCUUUAAUUUCAAAAUUAACUAAUAAAUCUGUUCCAAGAGUUCAAGCUCAUGCUGCUGCUGCUUUAGUUAACUUCUCUGAAGCUGCAACCAAGGAAAUAUUAGAACCAUAUUUAGAUGGCUUAUUAACCAAUUUACUUGGAUUAUUACAAUCUCCAAAAAGAUAUGUCCAAGAACAAGUCUUAACUACCAUCGCAAUCAUUGCUGAUGCUGCUGAGAAAAAAUUCAUUAAAUAUUAUGAUACUUUAAUGCCAUUAUUAACUGAUGUAUUGAAAACUGAAAUGGGUGAUGAAAAUAGAUUAUUAAAAGCUAAAUGUAUUGAAUGUUCAACCCUUAUUGCUUUAGCUGUCGGAAAGGAAAAAUUCGCUCCUCAUUGUCAAGAUUUAAUUCAAUUAUUCGGUCAUAUUCAAGAAACUGCAACCGAAGAAGAUGAUCCUGUUAAACAAUACUUAGAACAAGCUUGGGGUAGAAUAUGUCGUAUUAUUGGAAAAGAUUUCUUACCAUACUUACCUGCAGUCUUACCUCCAUUAUUAGCCGCUGCAAAGGCAACUCAAGAUAUUUCUUUAUUAGAAGAAGAUCAAGCUGAAGAAUUCAAUUCAAAUGAAGAAUGGGAUGUUAUAAAUUUAUCCGGAAAACUUAUUGCAGUACAUACCGCUGCUUUAGAUGAAAAGGUAUCAGCCAUGGAUUUACUUAGAACUUAUGCUAAUCAAUUAAAAGGUGACUUUUUCCCAUGGGUUAAAGAAAUUAUUCAAGAUAUUGGUAUACCCGCCUUAGAUUUCUAUUUACAUGAUGGUGUUAGAGGUUCUGCUGCUUUAACUUUAGCUUCUUUAUUAAGAUGUUCUGUUUAUGCUACUGGUAAUACAUCCAAUGAAACUCUUGGAUUUUGGGCUCAAAUUUCAGAUAAAUUGGUUGAUGUUUUAAAUAAUGAACCAGUUCCAGAAUUAUUAGUUGCUUAUUAUACUGCCUUGGUUGAAUGCAUAAAUGUGAUUGGUCAAAAUUCAUUAUCUGUUACCCAAUUAGAAUCAUUAGCCAAAUCAAUUAAUACUAAUUUGGUUGAAAUAUAUGAACGUAUCAAGGCAAGAGAUAAUGAAGAUGAUGAAUUUACUGAAGAUGUUGAAGAAGACGAAGAAGAAUAUACUGAUGAAGAAUUAUUAGAUGAAAUUAAUAAAGCUAUUUCAGCUAUUUUCAAGAAUGCCAAAUCUAAUUUCCUUCCAGCAUUUCAAAUAUUGGCACCAACCAUUUCAUCUUUUAUUAAAGAUGAAAAUAGUAAUAUAAAACUUUGUGGUUUGUGUGUGAUAUGUGAUACUAUAGAACAUUGUGGUGCUGAAUCAUCGAUGUAUAAGGAAAUGUUUGUCAAUGUUGUUGCUGAAUCCUUAACUUCUUCUCAUGCUGGUGUUCGUCAAAUUGCAUCAUAUGCUGUCGGUGUUGCUGCUCAAUUUGGUGGUGAUGUAUACGCUGAUUUUUGUUUAGCUUGUCUUGAAACUAUGUUUAAAAUGGCUUCAGUUCCAGAUGCUAAAGCUGAAGAAAAUAUCUAUGCUACUGAAAAUUCAGUUACUGCUAUUGCUAAAGUAUGUCAUAGAUUUGCAUCAUCUAUUCCAGAUGUUAAUGCUAUACUUGAACAAUGGGUAGGGUUCCUUCCUAUUCUUCAAGAUGAAACUGCUGCUCCAUUUUCAUACACCUUUUUAAGUGAACUUAUUCAAAAUCAACAUCCAGCUGUCACCACUCAAAUACCAAAAGUGGUUGAUUCUGUUAUUCAAGCGUUGAACCAUGCAUCUAUUUCAGGUAAUACAGCUGACAGAGUAGUUGCAUCCACCCGACAAUUGUUAGGAUCAAUUCCUCCUAAUGAAGCCAUGGCAUUGUUGCAAAAGAAUCCUACUGAUAUAGAGACUGUUAAAAAGUGGUUCUCUUAAUAAAUUCGAAGCAUUGUAUUGUUAGUAUAUAUGACUAAACUAGUUUUUUUUGUAUCUGCUAUCUUUUUAAAUAUCCCCAUGUCAUUUAUAUUAAUUAAUAAUAACAUUCAUUCCUUUAAUAUAUAUAAAAAUUUUAUCUUUCACCUUCA